CAGUAUGUAGCCUUAGCUAGCCUAGAACUCACUGUAUAGACAAGGCCGGUCUUGAACUCACAGAGAACCUCUUGCUUCUGCCUCCUGGGUGCUGGUUUAAAGUAUGCACCAUCAUGUCCAACUCUAGCUUUAAAGGGUACCUAUGCUGAUUGAGCAUCACACGCAGACCUUUGGAAGUAGAUCCACUAGCAUGUGGCCACCGUACCAGGUUCAGUUCCUGGUUCCUUGGGCUUGUCCACUUAAACUCUUUCUACUUCCAGUCCCUUCCUUUCAGGUCACUGUAGUGACUUCUAAGUGUAGAGGGCACCCUUGCAUUUGACUACUGCCCUUCUGCGUAUAACAGCUGUUCUGCUUCCCCACCAUUCUCUCUCCUGACUCUCUCUGGUCCUGGUCUGUAGGCCAAUGCUCCUGGCUUUCCCAAGCCCCUGUUGUCCUUUCUUCCUUUGGCCUAGUUUUCUCUGUUCCUGACCCACACUUGUCUCCCAGGUGGUCACCUCAACAUGUGUCCUGUGAUUAGCCUGGCCACAUGGUGUUCUGAAAUGUGUCCUGGGAUUAGCCUGGCCACGUGGUGUUCUGACAUAGAGUAAGGAUGCUCUCUGUUACAGGCCUUUGAACAACCCCCCUCACCAUGGACCUGGACCCCCAUGCAGGUGUGCAGGUGGGCAUGCGUGUGGUACGCGGAAUGGACUGGAAAUGGGGCCAGCAGGAUGGAGGUGAGGGCGGUGUGGGCACCGUGGUGGAGCUUGGCCGCCAUGGCAGCCCCUCGACCCCCGACCGUACAGUUGUCGUUCAGUGGGACCAGGGCACACGUACCAACUAUCGAGCUGGCUACCAAGGUGCCCAUGACCUGUUGCUCUAUGACAACGCCCAAAUCGGUAUCCGCCACCCCAACAUUAUCUGUGACUGCUGCAAGAAACAUGGGCUUCGUGGCAUGCGUUGGAAGUGCCGUGUCUGCUUUGACUAUGACCUCUGCACGCAAUGCUACAUGCACAACAAGCAUGACCUUACCCAUGCCUUCGAGCGCUAUGAGACAUCGCACUCACGCCCGGUUACGUUGAGUCCCCGACAGGGCCUCCCUCGCAUCCCACUGAGGGGCAUCUUUCAAGGAGCAAAAGUGGUACGAGGCCCUGACUGGGAAUGGGGCUCACAAGAUGGAGGCGAAGGGAAGACAGGCCGUGUGGUGGACAUCCGUGGCUGGGAUGUGGAGACAGGCAGAAGUGUGGCUAGUGUCACAUGGGCAGAUGGAACCACCAAUGUGUACCGAGUGGGCCACAAAGGCAAGGUGGAUCUCAGAUGUGUUGGUGAGGCAGCUGGCGGCUUUUACUACAAGGAGCACCUCCCGAAGCUUGGCAAGCCAGCAGAGCUGCAACGCAGGGUGAGUGCUGAUGGCCAACCCUUCCAGCGUGGGGACAAGGUCAAGUGUUUGCUGGACACAGAUGUCCUAAGGGACAUGCAAGAAGGCCAUGGUGGCUGGAACCCUAGGAUGGCAGAGUUUAUCGGACAGAUGGGCACCGUGCACCGCAUCACAGACCGUGGGGACGUGCGUGUGCAGUUCAACCAUGAGACCCGCUGGACCUUCCACCCUGGGGCUCUCACCAAGCACAACAGCUUCUGGGUGGGUGAUGUGGUCCGGGUCAUCGAUGACCUUGAUACUGUGAAGCGACUGCAGGCUGGACAUGGUGAAUGGACUGACGACAUGGCCCCUGCCCUGGGCCGAGUAGGGAAGGUGGUGAAGGUGUUUGGAGAUGGAAACUUGCGUGUGGCAGUUGGCGGUCAGCGGUGGACUUUCAGCCCCUCCUGCCUAGUGGCCUACCGGCCUGAGGAAGAUGCCAACCUGGAUGUGGCUGAGCGUGCCAGAGAGAACAAAAGUGCGGCAUCAGUCUCAGUGGCUGGUGGGAGGCAGGGCAGCCCCUGGCCAACACUUACCUCAACCCUGCCCCCAGGCUCACUGAGUGUGGCCCUGGACAAGCUUCGGACCCAGAAGAGUGACCCAGAGCACCCAGGGAGGCUGGUAGUAGAGGCUGCACUGGGAAAUGUAGCCCGGGCUCUGGAUCUACUGCGAAGGCAUCCAGAGCAGGUGGACACCAAGAACCAGGGCAGAACUGCCCUGCAGGUGGCUGCUUACCUGGGCCAGGUAGAGCUGGUACGGCUGCUGCUGCAGGCCAGAGCAAGUGUGGACCUGCCAGAUGAGGAGGGCAACACUGCGCUGCACUACACAGCCAUGGGGAACCAGCCUGAGGCCACAAGGAUGCUCCUGAGUGCAGGAUGUGGGGUGGAUGCGCGGAAUGGCACACGUAGCACAGCCCUCCAUGUGGCUGUACAGAGGGGCUUUCUAGAGGUGGUAAAGAUCCUGUGUGAACGUGGUUGUGAUGUCAACUUGCCGGAUGCCCAUGCAGACACACCCCUGCAUUCUGCCAUCUCUGCGGGUGCCGGUGCCAGCAGCAUUGUUGAAGUCCUCACCGAGGUGCCUGGCAUCGAUGUCACUGCUACCAAUAGCCAGGGCUUCACACUGCUGCACCAUGCAUCCCUUAAGGGCCAUGUGCUAGCAGUUAGAAAGAUUCUGGCAAGGGCACGGCAGCUGGUGGAUGCCAAGAAGGAAGACGGCUUUACUGCACUACAUCUGGCAGCUCUCAACAACCACCGUGAAGUGGCUCAGGUCCUAAUCCGAGAGGGUCGCUGUGAUGUGAAUGUGCGUAACAGGAAGCUUCAAUCCCCACUGCAUCUGGCCGUGCAGCAGGCUCACCUGGGGCUGGUACCGCUGCUAGUGGAUGCAGGCUGCAGUGUCAACACUGAGGACGAGGAGGGCGAUACAGCCCUACAUGUGGCACUACAGCGCCAUCAGCUGUUGCCCCUGGUGGUUGACAGGGCUGGGGGAGACCCAGGGCCCUUGCAGCUGCUGUCAAGGCUACAGGCCUCAGGCCUCCCAGGCAGCACAGAGUUGACUGUAGGCGCUGCAGUGGCCUGCUUCCUGGCAUUGGAGGGUGCUGACGUGAGCUACGCAAACCACCGAGGCCGGAGCCCACUGGACCUGGCCACAGAAGGCCGAGUGCUCAAGGCCUUGCAGGGCUGUGCCCAGCGCUUCAGGGAGCGACAGGCAGGUGGCGGUGGGGGUGUGCCCCCGGGCCCCCGGCAUGUGCUGACUACUCCUAACACCGUGACGAACCUGCAUGUCUCUGGCACAGCAGGGCCAGAGGCUGCCGAGUGCCUGGUGUGCUCGGAGCUGGCAUUGCUAGUUCUGUUUUCACCGUGUCAGCACCGCACAGUGUGUGAGGAGUGUGCUCGAAGGAUGAAGAAAUGUAUCAGGUGCCAGGUGGUCAUCAGCAAGAAGCUACGCCCAGACGGUUCAGAGGUGGUAAAUGCCAUCCAGGUCCCUGGCCCGCCUCGGCAACUGGUGGAGGAGCUACAGAGCCGCUACAGGCAGAUGGAGGAGCGCAUCACCUGCCCCAUCUGCAUCGACAACCACAUCCGUCUAGUGUUCCAGUGCGGCCAUGGAGCGUGCGCACCCUGUGGCGCUGCGCUUAACGCCUGCCCCAUCUGCCGCCAGCCCAUCCGUGACCGCAUUCAGAUCUUCGUGUGAGCGCACUCCACACGCUGUGGCUGAUCCCAGACCCUCCUUCAAAACCCCUGUAUUUUAUAAAAAGAUUAUCGGACUUUG